AUAUGCCAUGUGCACAAAGUACAUGUACUUUUCUAAAUUCUAUUCGACAACAGUCAUGACAGUGGCAUUUUGGGAAAGAGCCUAACUUGAGUGCAGAUUUUGCCACAUCCGAGAAACCAUGGCAAUAUCACGCAAAGAUGUAGUUUCCGUGGUAACUGAGCAAUCAUCAACCCAAUCCAAGGAGCAGGUUGGCACGGGCGAGUAUUUGUCAGCUUCCGAGGCGCUGGAAAAACAGCUGCAGCUUGUGAAGAAACUACCAGAUAGCAAAAGCUGGCCGUUUGGUUACGGACCACUUGUUCUCUCCAUCAAUGCGGGUCUCGUCGGCGUGAUCGGAAACUCCUUCUUUCGUCGGAUGUUGAUGGUCCGGAGAGGUCUGUUUCUGACCAGUAUACCAAGCACCUUGAUGCCUGCCCUUUUGAUUGCUCCAGCUUACAUGAAGUUUGUUACGCACCCAAUACUCCUGAACGACUUGGAUUGCGCGGUGUGUGCGGAAAUACGGGGCGGAUUGAUCAACUUUCUACUUGGGGCUAUGUAUCCUGUCUUACUGGCAGCUCCUCUCAACGCAGCGUUGGCCAGACGCUACGACACGGUCAAGGUACCCUCCAUGUCCUUCAAGAACUUCGACCGGAGCCACUUUGUCAAAUUCUGGAGGAGCAAGAUCCGGUACUUCAAGGGGCAGUUCGUCACCAUCGCAAUUUUCCAGACCAUUUUCGGGAUGUUUAUCGCCGGAUCUCAGAUGCGGGUCGCCAAGGAGGACCUCGGUCAGAAACUUGUCAAAGUAGAACCUUGACAGGAGUGGGUUUUGUGGCAUCGUUGUCAGCAAUACAUCGCACGCUCUUCCUUGUAACAGCCAAGGAUGUUGGUUCUUUUUUCCAGAGAAUGUUUUGCAUGCAUUGUGACCAGAUGCUAAGGAGACAUCUCCAGGAAAAGUUGCGGACAGUUUAUCCUUGAAAGGCCAACUGUAUCGGGUCAAAGUUACAGAAUUUGAAGAGUUUCUCCAGAGUCUUCCUGCAGUGAAGCUAGCAGGAUUGCUUACAAAUGAUAAUUUCAGUGCAAGAAGAUUUUAGUUUCAAUCUGGAGUGACAAUUGAAGUUGCAAUUUUUCUAUUUUUUUUUUAAUCUAGGUAUCACACAAUUAUGAUGGCUUAGUAGUGAAUGUGUGUGUGAAUAAUGUGACAUGCUGGAUACAUGGUUAUGCUCAGACUUACCUUUAAAAAUCCUACCUUAAUUUGAUAAGAGGAAAUAGAAAAGACGGAAGCAUCAAAAGUUUUUGCUUAAAAAAAAGGAAAAUUGAAAUCUCAUCGUUGCACUUGUUUAGAACUGCCAGUAAAAACAAAUCCAACUAUUCCAUCAAUUGUUCUAGCAUUAAAAUAUCUUAGCCUGUAGCAAUUGUAUUUUAUUCGGUAUAAUUCAGAAAACAUUUUGGGUUUUUUUGCGUACUGCUUUGUUUCCAGUUGGCUCAAGAUUUUUCAUCACAAAUUAUUUGUUUUAAGACAUUUCUUAAGGCUGGCAGUUUUAAUACCCACCCAAUUUUUCAACAUCUUGUUUUAACAGCCCUGCAACUGUUUUGUUCCCACAAAACUUGAUAAAAAAAAUCAAUGAGAAAUUAAUUGAU